AUGGGUGUGUUUAAUUUAGUGUUUCAUCAUGGGGGAAGUUUCGUGCAAGACGGCCAUACGUAUUAUAGAGGAGGUAGUGAGACUACUGUUGAUGGUCGGGACGAAGAUAAAUGGAGCUUUUUUGAAGCUGUUAGUCUGGUUAAAGAUUGGGGUUAUGAAGGUUUUAGGCUAUGGAGAAAGAUUCCGCAAACGGAUGAAGGGUUUACAAAUGUUGUUGAUGAUGCAGGAGCUGUAGAAGUUGCUAAGCAUUGUAUGUCUUGUAGGGUUCACGACGAUCUUUGGGUAGAGCACGGUGUAGAAGACAUGAUGACCAAGGUUCUGGUACCUAAUGUUGAUGACUUCAGCACCUCUAAUGGAGAUGAUAGUACUGGUGACUAUGUUGAUGCAAGCCAAUGUUUCAAUGACAGUGAAGAGGAAAGAGUAAUUGACAUAGAAGAAGAGCAAUUUGAACAAGUGGAGGUAGUUGUUCCAGUUAGUGGGAAUAGGGUGGAGAUCGAAGGGAAAUCAUUGAGAUUCAAGCGUUGUGCAUCCAAGGAUCCCAAAAAGAUGAAAGAAAAGAGCAAAAGGGACAAGGUCAGUGUUUUGGUGCCCAAAAGUGUCUUAGGAUCUUGUUCAAAGAGGGCUACAAGGAAAUGUGAAGAUAAGCUUGAAGUAGUUACAAUUUGGGAGUUACUCUACCAUUUGAAGAUAAGCUUGAAGUAG